AUGGUCAAUGAGCACGUACCCGCCGAGCUAUUUGACAAUGCCGAUGAAACCGUCCGCUCGCUGUAUACGGGCACUGCGGGCGCUGUGAGUCGAUUCGCCAUUCUCCGUGGAGACGCUAUACCUCGCGCGCCAACGCAUCCACCCCCGCCGCUUCAUAUUGCCCAGGCUCCGGGCACGAACAACGCAGUCCCGCUCAACGUAGCCCCGCUCAACGGUGCGCCCGGCCCCAUCGCGCCCGGUCCUGGCGGACACCUGCUGCAGGCGCAGAACGCUGGUGAAGCUGCGGGACCGAACGCCCUCGCUGAACCCGUUGAGAACGAUGUCGGUGCCGCCGCCGCGCAGGAAGAGAGAGGGCCGUUUGGCGACUUCAUUCACUGGCUGGUCAUGAUCUUGAACGCGAUCGUCAUGUUCGUUCUAUGCCGUCGCUAG